AUGAAAGUCCUCAUUGCUGCGCUCGCCGCCUUUGGCACAACCAGUGCUCUUCCCCAGCAGCAAACAUCCUCCGUAUCAACAGCACCAACGGCGACACCUACCUAUGUAACUCCUCAAGACAACACCAAGCUUCUCGAAGAGCUCGCCAAUGCCCCCUCAACCCUAACCCGCUUCAAACGUCUUCUCACUGUCGACGGAAAGGGCGAGAAGCUUCUUGAGCCUCAGCAACUCGCCGAGCGUACCGUUUUCGACUUCAACAACGCCAAACCCAACAACGGUGCUAAAGGAGGAGCCACAAAGUCCGCCAACAUCGAAACCUUCCCCAUCCUCUCCGGCCUCGGUCUCUCUACCACCGUCGGCUUCCUCACAGGCUGCGGCAUGAACACACCACACGUACACCCACGCGCCACCGAAUUCCUCACCGUCGUCGAAGGCAGCCUCAACUUCGGCUACAUCCUGGAAAACGGGCUCGUAUCCGCAGGCCAGAACGCCGAGAUCAACGGCACGCUCGCCCAGUUCCAAGGCACCGUCUUCCCCAUCGGCUCCGUCCACUACCAGUUCAACCCGACGUGCGACAAUGCGACCUUUGUGGCUACUUUGGACAACGCGGACCCGGGUACCUCGCAGAUGGCGCAGACGUUCUUUGGGUUGAACCCUGAUGUUGUUAAUGCGACCCUCGGGUUCCCGAAGGCGGUGGAUGGGAAGGAUAUUGAGAGCUUUAGGAAGCUGAUUCCGGCCAAUAUUGCGCUGGCGGUUGAGGAGUGCGUUCGCAGGUGUGGUUUGUGA